GUGUGGCGGCACGCUUCGAAAUCGCGAAACUCCCAUUUGUUGUGUGCUUUCAAAACGAAAAUACAUUGGAUACAUGUACUUGUCGCAUGUAAACAAGCCCUGUCUGGAGAGUACCUUCAUGUCAUCUCCAGUUGGGUUGCAGGCUCAGCAGUCCCAAACAAACUUCCUAGCCCGAUGGAUGCCAAGCAGCUCCAGUGCCGGGGUUAUCCUGAACCCCUCCCUAGACCUGGCUGAGUCUCUUCGACACCGCUCUGUCUGGGGGUCCAGGGUCGUGGACGACUCCUUCGCCUCUCAAUUCGUUCCACUCCCGGUCUCCAGUAGCAGCAGUUGUCUCAGUGUAAAUUCUCUCGUCCAUGAUGCUGAGUCCGGGACAGAAUUGAGCAAACAGAACCAGCGACCUGGGGAUAGGCCUUUGUCUGAAAGACAGUUUGCUGGACUGCAGACAGCGGCGUCUCAAGGGUUGACAUUACAUGGAGAGAUGGACAGUAUGGAGAAGUUGGUAAAGCAGUCUCGGGACCUUCCCCUGAUACUGGAACUCGAACAGCUGAGGCAGUGGCAGCAGCACAUGCAGGAGCAGCUGAGAGCCUACCAGCUGGAGGAGCUGGUCCGUCUCCAGGAGGAGCAACAGGGGCUACUGAGCAUGGUGCAUGUGGCUCAACAGGAUGGAGCAGAUUACAUAGAGACCUCCAGGUUGACGGGAACAGACUGGGGAGAGGGCACUCUAUUGGGGGACGCCCCCCUCUCUCACAGACCCCCAACAGCCCAGAGCUUCCCUAUAGGCCCCCCACAAGGGCCUGUGUCUUCCCAGCUUUGGAGACAGGGUCCUACCUUCCAGCAGCCUCCAAGGGGCCAGGAGCAGGAGGAAGAGUAUCAGGACCAAACACUGGGGACAGAAGCAUGGAGUAGUCCACACAAACAUCAGCUGAGUGGGGAUGCUGAUCAUAUGGGUGAUAAUGAGGAGAUGGAAGAAGUCACGUUAUCCCCCCAUUUUGCUCCCUCUAUGACUGAAGACUGCAAAGCAUACAGAGGAGAUGACAGUGAACUAAACUCACAGGACAGACCCAUUAAACCAGGAAUAGAGGGGCAGAAGCAGACGUUUGAGGAGCUCCUGGAGGAACAGCUGAGACUGGAGGAGCAGAGACUGAAGACCACCCAGCAGCAGCAGAGCCCAGAGGCAGUUGAGGGAGCCAGUCCAAGAGCCAAUCCCAAAAGGGCCUUCCUGAGGCGAGGGGAGGGCCUCUCCAGAUUCGCCAACAGAAGCAAAGCUCCUUUACCCAACAGUCGGAGACCCCAAAAAGACCCCAAACCCCAGGGCAAGGUCAGCACCCGUUGGACCUCAGAGUCCAAGCCCACCCAGAGGGUCAGUCAGUGGCCACCCAUACAGCGCAAGACUUCUGUGCUCAACAAGGAGAACAGACCCAGAGAUCCCUGCUCACCCCUCCUGGACAGUGGCAGACCAGAGAGCAAGACAGCCCAGCCAGACUCAGUGAGACCCGGAGUCCUGGGCAGUCACCACAGACCGAACAUGGCGACAUCUGACCUUCUGAGACCUAGGGUGGUGAUUAGUAACAAGGUGGGUGGGACUUCUCAGCCUGUGAAUAGAACUCCUGCAGCUGUAACUAAACAGUUUGGGCUUGAGGAGAGGACUGGGGCCCUGCAGAGGAAUGGAAUUGGUCCACUGAGACCGGAUGGCGCAGCAGAGGGAAAACCAGGCGUUGUUCCAGAAUAUUCCUUUGAGCUGUCAUUUCAGGAGAAGCUGCAGCGCUGGGACUGUGACCAUCACAAGGAGUGUGUGGAGCUGGGAGAGUUUGAGCUGCUGGAGCAGGCAGCCGAGGAGCUCUCUUUCUCCUCCAACUCAUCCUUCGUCAUGAAGGUGCUGCAGCUGGACCAGCAACACCCCCUCCAUGGCAGCUGGGGGCGCCACCCGCAACGCCUGUCCUCCACUCCAAUCAAAUCCCCCAAACCCUCGCCAACUAAAGGGGUUCACAGCGGAGGCACCAGUAAAAGUGGCCUAGGCACAGGGACCAGCUCCUCUGAAUCACCAGGAGUAUCUGCUGUGAGGGCAAAGGAGGUUGUGAUGAGGGAAAACAGCAAAGCCACUGAGGAGGAAGAUGAGGUGAGUGACCGCAAACAACAUGAGGAAAUCUCUGAUGUCUCAUUCCACAGUAGCUCUGAAUUUGGGGAUCGGGAGGAAGUAGCCCGACCGCCGUACCAAACUAUACUUCCCAGCAACCUCUGGGAAAACCCGCUCCCCACAUCCAACCCUCCAUACGACAAGAGGUCAUAUCAGGACAGAGAGGGGGGCUCAGGCCAGGCAGAGGGGGGUGGGGAGAGUGAACUUGACGACUCCACCCUAUUGAAUGACAGAGAAGAGGGGGAACGCGAGGGUCGGUUGGUGUUUGAUGACGAUGACACCUGGAAUGACCUGGAGGAGGCUGGCAGCAUCGUUGAGGACCACAGCAGAACAAAAGGCGCUGCUACAGGAAACAGCCACACUCUCACAGUAACAGGAAACGACAUCUCACCCCCAGAGAGGAUGCUGAAUAGAAAGGUGGCUGUGGCCAAAGGGGUGGAGCUGGAGAGAGUGUCAGUUAUCACAGCAGCCAACCAGGAGCCAGAUCCUCCUCCCGCCUCCCAACUUAUGGCCAGGCUGUUCCCCUCACUGAAGCCCAAGACCCAGGUCCCUCCUCCACCUCAACCAGAGCCUAGGAAGACUGAGGAUGGACCAGGCCAGCAGCAGCAGUCCUGGCAGCUGAGGGAGAGGCUGGUGGAGCUGGAGCUGGAGAUAGAACGAUUCAGGACAGAGAAUGCUGCCCUGGCCAGACUCAGACUGGAGAACGAGAAAAACCAGGAAUAUCUCAGGAAGGAGAGGGCAGAGUUUGAGCAGUGGAAGGCUGAGGAGCUGGCCCGGUUUGAAGAGUUCAAGAGGGAGGAGACUAAGAAGCUACAGAAGGAACGCAAGGUGUUUGAGAAGCACGCCUCCGCCGCCAGGGCCAUACCAGACAAGAGGGAGCGCGAUGAGAUCCAGGCCCUGAAGCAGCAGCAGAGUUCCCUGCAGGAGGAGCUGAAGCGGAGAGAGAGCCGCUGGUCCACCACACACAGCCGUCUCCGGCAGCAGAUAGACUCCCUGAGCUCAGACAACAGCGCCCUGAGAGACGAGGUCCGCACCCUGGAGAAACUACGCCUCAGCACCUGGAGGAAGACUGGGACGGACAGCGACAGAGAGGAAGACAGGCGGGAGAAGGAGAGAGAGCGGGAGGGACCCGGGCCGUUGGACAGCAACAUUGCUUUUGGAGCCAGGGACCUCAAAUCAGCAAGUCCUGACACAGUGAGGAGCAGCCCACCACAGAGCAGUAUCCCCUGUAGAGGCAGCCCUGCCAUUCAAGAAGGUAUCAGGGGCAUCCUAAAGAGGUCAGCCCCUACACCAGCCGCAGCACCCGGUCCCGCUCACAGUUACAGCUCAGAGGAACAACCAUCUUCUUUGACCAGAAGUCACCACCCAGCACAGAGCCACGACCACUCACACAACCUGUCCCCUAGGGGUCGAGGUCUACAGACUGAGUCCACAGAGGUCAAAGAGCAGCAAAAGCUAAGUCAGGAUGUCAUCAUCCAUCCUGAUGGAAAGAUGGAGAGGGUGCUGGCCUGUGGCGGGAGACUUAUCAUCUUUCCCAAUGGGACCAGGAAGGAGGUGUUAGCAGACGGACUGACAGCCAAAGUCACCUUCUUCAACGGGGACAUCAAGCAGGUCAUGGCCGACCAGAGAGUGAUCUACUACUAUGCUGAUGCCCAGACCACUCACACCACCUAUCCUGACGGCAUUGAGGUUCUGCAGUUCCCCAACAACCAGACCGAGAAGCAUUUCCCUGAUGGUCGUAAGGAAAUCACAUUCCCUGACCAGACAGUGAAGAACCUGUAUCCAGAUGGGAUGGAGGAGAGUGUGCUCACUGACGGGACCAUCAUACAAGUUAACCUGGAUGGCAGUAAGGAGAUCCAGUUCAACACAGGCCAGAAGGAGGUCCACACAGCAGACUAUAAAAGGAGGGAGUACCCAGAUGGCACUUUGAAGACCGUCUAUACAGACGGCAGACAAGAGACCCGCUACCCCACCGGACGCCUCAGAGUCAAAGACAAGUACGGCAACGUUGUCAUGGACAACAGGCCCUAGGACUGUUUACGCUAAGGCUGAAUCACAAUUGAACAUUUGUUUGUGUGAGUUUAAUGUAGUGCGAGUGGCUGUUUUAUUUGUAAAAAUGUCUAAUACAUGCUGAUUGUACAUUUAUUUUGUAAAAUAAAAUGUUUAUCAAA